AUGGCCCAUACCAACACCAACAACCCCUCCUCAGAACCCCCCAACCACAACGCACCCGCCACCUCCCUCUACUCGGACGCAUCCAGCUCCUACUGGCCUUCCGGCUGGAACUUCGAUAAACUCAGCCGCGCCACAGCCGAAGACCACGCGUCCCUGCCCGCAAGCGAGCUCGCAAAGAUGCAAGCCGGCCUGCGCGACUUGCUAGGCGAGAGCGGGGUAAGCGCGCUCUCGAUGCACCUGUUUCGCGAGGAGCAGAAGCGCGCAAAGGACAGCAAGCCGGAACCGGCAAGGCCCGUGUCUGUGCCGAAUUGGUUGCGCGAGUGGAGGGUGGCGGCAUCGUGGGCGGAAAAUGAGAGAUUCGCGGUUGGCUGGGGCCGAUGCGGCGGCGUUGAGGAGGAGGAGGCGGUCGACUCCGUCACGUCUCUUCGCGAUGAUGAGCUGCCGACUUUCGAGUCGAUGCUCUGGCGACCCACGGCUCCGUUCUUACUUGCUGUCUCUGCAUAUGCGGAUAGCGAACUGGAGGAGGACCAUGAAGAGAACGAGUGGUUUCAACCCGUGUUCAAGGUCGCGGCGGAAACUAUGGCCGGCGAACUUUGGCCGCUCCUCGACUCCGGGGGGAUGCCAUUAACGAGAAUCACGCGCUUUGUCAAGGGCUCGAGCGAGCUGGGGCCAGUGGGAACAUUAGAUGAUGAGAAGCUGGAAAACAUUUGGUGGACUAUGGCACCUUCACCAGAACGGUUGAGAAGGCGGCGCGGUGUAUAG